GAUGGACUUUCUGUUUGCCCACUGCUUUGUCCUAUGAGUGGCUUGCCUCGGAUAAAAGUCAGUGCUGGCUCUGGGCUGGAUAGAGCUCGGUGUAGACGUCUAGACGGUUUGGCGGCUUUGGUUGUUGCGGUGCCUGAUGUGCCCGCUUGGACCCGCUUCGGUACUUCUCAGGUAGUUGGUGUACAUACUACCUCCCUAUAUAUGCACUGUCUUCCUCAUGCUAUGCCCCCGGCCAUCAAGUGUGUGUGCGUGUCGUGAGCUCGUGGAGAUGCUUGACCCGGCGGCUUCUGGGCCUAACUGUUGUUUUGUCGCCUUCCGCAGUUCCGUGUGGGGUAAACCAAACAAGAAGUCUCAACAUUUCGCCGCUCUCUUAAUUACCCUGCAGUGUGUAAACAACAAACCACCACAGCAAGCACACGCAACACACACACACAAACAAAUGGUCCCGCAAAACCCAGACAGCGGCCACACCCCGGCCCUCCGCGGCCAGCGCCUCCACAUUCCCGACCUCCGCCCCGCCUUCGCCGCAUGGAAGCAGGGCGUGAACCCGCUCUACGGCCGGGUCAGACUGGCCGUGGACGCCCGGCUGGAAGGGCUGAUCCCUGAUGCGCGCGUCCUGGCGAAGGUGAAGGCCGCUGAUAUCGCGCUGUUUGCUGCCGGCUGGUUCCCCGACGCGCCGUACCACAUCCUUGAGACGGCCGCGUUCUACUGUGUGUGGCUCUUUUUGUGGGAUGAUGCCAUCGAUGGCGCCGGUGCCGGUGCGGAGGCGGAGGCGGAGGGGCUGCUGGCGGAGGAGUACUGUCGGCAAUCGGUCGCCUUUGUGGAGUAUCACCUCGGUAUUGUGGGAAGGAGGGAGGCUGACGCGUCGGAGCCGCCGGCGCCGACAGCGGUUUGUGCGAGUUUUGCUGAGGUGGGCGGGCGCGUGGCGGGGUAUGCCGGGCCGGAGGACAGGGGGGUGCUGGGCCAGCACCUGAGGGAAUACAUGGAGGCGUGCGUGACCGAGCAUAGAUGGAGGCUGUCUGGGAGGGUGCCCAGCGUGGAGGAGUUCUACUCGUGGCGGCUGAGGACGUCGUCGGUCGAUGUGAUGCUGGAUCUCUCCAGGAUCCUGAACGGGCUAUCUCUUCCCGUGGAGAUACUCGAGUCAAAAGAGCUGGCAGAUAUGGGCCUCAAAGUGAACAAACUUCUGAUCCUAAUCAACGAAGUGUUUUCGCUUAAGAAAGAGCUGAAAGAUGGAGCGUUUGGGAACCUAAUACCGAUCACGAUGCGGUCGCUGGGAGUCGACCUCGACGACGCGGUCCAGAAGAUCACACAAGACAUCUACGACUGCAUAACCGAUUUCGACCACAAUGCAGCACGUCUCCAAGAAAGAGCCGCGCGAGAAAACGGACAUGAAGCCGCCGACCGGCUCAACAAGCUGAUCGAGGCGUACCAGGCGAUUGCCGCCACCGUGCUCAACUUUUCCGUCCAGAGCCCCCGGUACGGGCUGCUCAAGGACCGGCAGGAGGACGGUUCGUUUGUGGUCCUUUUGUAGUCGGCGGGGAAGGGCUAAACAACACAAAAUCGGUCCUCGGGAGCGGGACCGGCCGAUCGACCCGUUUCCCGCCGAGUGGCCGGAGCCGGUGCGCCGGCCCCACAGCGCCAAGGCCCGAACGGUUCUCGGUAGUGAACACCGAAAAGUGAAGUUGACGAACUGCGGGGAACAAGGAACAAGCCGGGCCUUGGGGCUACUGUGCAGAAUGUUGGGUCAAAGUAAAUUUGCCCAAAAACAAAAGGAGGGAGGAAAGAAAGACCAGUCGU